GAGUGAGCAGUAGCGCGGACAAUUUUUCCGCAAGGAAAACUGACAGUUCCAUUUGAUUUGCACGGGAGGCGUUACGAGUGUUACACUUUUUUCCUUACUUGCCAUCUGCGAACUGCACAAGUAAUUUUGAAACGGAAUCAUUACUUGACUAUUACUUGUCCUAUCUUUUUGCAUAGUACGUACGAAGUGGAAACUAGCCAUAACCAUUUAGCAGUUGUUGUAGAAUGAUAUACUAUAUCUCAGAUAAAAAAAACUUGGUCCCACUGGCAAUCGAACUUGUCACUCUCAGCAUGAUCUUGCUGGGCGCUGCUAGGGAUCAAUCAAGCUAAAUCACCGUACUACACAGUACUACACUAGCCUGUUUUACGUUUUUGCAUUGAACAAGCAUGUGCCUAGGCAUGUGCAAAAGAUGUGCUGUGGUAUCCAUGGCUGCAUUGAUUACUGUUGUUUAUUUACAACCUUCAGCGUAAUUAACAAGUAGACAGUUUCUUAUCUACUCACAAGAAUACUUCUGUUACACAUCGUAAUUGAAUUCAAAAUUGAUCACCAUGCCCCGAGUGCGACCCACAACUAAAUUAGGUGUAUAUGGCCAAUACGAUUUGAAUCCUGAAAAAGCUGUUACAUUAUAUACCGAAUCGAAAUUGCAAAAUCAAUACUACAUCAAAACUCCCAACUGGGACGUUGCACGGCUGAGCUUUGAUCUGAAAGGGAUCCAAAGUAACCGGGAGUAUGAAGAGGUCACCAAAGAACAGGGCCGGAUGCGUGCUCAUUCGCAUGAGCAAUUUCAGCUGAAUGAAAAACGGCUGAAGGAGGCCGACAAACUGCUGCAAACUUUAUGGGAGGAUUUCGUCGAGGUUAACGAUUUUCUAAAGGAUUGUGAACUAAAGGAAAAUGAGUCUUAUGGAACUAUGGAAAAUGAAAAAAGGAAACAGAAAGAAUACAAUGAAAAAAUUCAGCAGUUGGACAACGAUUUAGAAGUUUUGAACAAAUUUGUAGAUAACUACGAAGAGACUAUACAAAAGUAUGCUCCCUUUGAAUCCGUGCUUACCGAAACCAUUAACAAUUCAGAUGCCUAUGAAACGAUAGAGGACCUGAUGAAACGCUGCGAUUCAUUGCUUUUGGCGCAGGUUGAAAUAUCAGAAAUUGAACAGCAAAAAAUUCAAGAGAUUGAAACCAUAAGAGAUAACCUGAUGGAAUCUACGAAAACGGCGUUACACAUCAUCACGGGCCUAAAUAACGAUCUUUCAGAACUACAGGGACGAUAUGUGCGCGCUUGGGAAGAGUGCCUAAAAUGGGAGAAGUCCAUAACCACCGCUAAAAGCUAUAUGGCUGCAAAUGAGAUGAAAACCAGCUGCAUGCUAGAUGCUAUCUAUCAUCUUUACUGUAUGAUUCGCAAACGACGUGGGGAACAGCCAAAGUAUUUGCGCGGAAAUGUUGAAAAGCAGCUGGAUUUCAUCAAGGAAGAAGCGGGAAUCAUGCAGGUAAUUUACAAUCUUGCAGUCAAAAAGCUGGCUAAGGAAAAUAUGAGCUUGGCAGCGGAGAAAGGCUCGGUGAAGGCGAAACCUGUUAUUUUUCCAGCAACGAAGAAACCUAAGGCUUUCGGAUUUUAGUUACAGGGAUUCGUGAUACAUACGUGAGGGUGCUUAAUAGAUUAAAUAUAUUUUGGAGAUUCCUUCAGCAUUACUUUUUCUAGGAUUACCUAAGUAAUUUUUCCUGAAACUUUCUAGGGUAUUCCUUCCGUGGUUUCUCCACAAACUUAUUCUAGAAUUCCUCUAGGAGGGAGCUAUGACUAAGUUACUUUUUCCUGUGUUUAUUCAAGAAAAUCCUACAGAAACUACAUGAGAAAUUCAAAAAAAAAAACAAAAUACUCCAAAAAAAUCAUAAUGAACUCCAGGAGGGUUUCCAUUACAAACAUCUGAAAGAAUUCCAAAAGGGUCUGCAUGAAUUCCUGACGAAGAUCUUAGUAGAAACCAAAAAAAAAAAAUGCCUGGAUGGUUCCUGGAAAAAAUUCUCGAGGAAAUCCCGGAAUCAAUUUCUGAUAGAAUUCCUAGAAGAUGCUCAAAGAGGAAUCCCGGAAGAAGUUCCUGAAAAGUAAUUCCUGACAAUCACCAAGAAGAAAUUCCCGGAGGAAUCCCGGAAAGAACUUCCGGAAGAAUCCUGGAAAAAUCCCAGAAAGAUUACCUGUUGAAAUUAUUGUAGGAAUCCCAGAAGGAAUACUUGAAUCAGAAGUAGCUCCCGAAAAAAUAUCGGAAGAAGUUCCUGGAGGGAUCUCAGAGUAGCUUUUAGAGGAAUAAUACUUGUCAGGGAUCUUGUAGGAUUUCUGGAAGAGUUUCAAUAGGAAUUCCUGAAGAAUUUCCAGAAGAUACUCCGGGAAGAAUCUCGUAUGAAAUUCCAGGAAUAAAUCCUUACGGAUUGUUGCAAGGAGUUUUUGCAGGAAUCUUGGUAAGAAUUUCUGAUAAAAUUUCCGAAAGAACUCCUAGAGAAAUUCUGAAAUUCUAGAAUUUCCAGGAAUACCACCUGGAAGCCCAAAAAAAUAAAUCCGGAGACAUCAUAAAAGAAACUAUUCGGAGAAUCUCGGAUGAAAUUCCUGGAGGAUUCCAGGGACUUCUGGAGAAAUUCUGGAAAUAAUCUCUUGAAGUCCGAACGUAAACAAAAAGGUCACAAAACAUCAAAAACUUAGAAAAAAAAAUAUUGAGCAAUCGCGGCUUGCAUUGUCAUUUAGGCUGUACCAAUUCAAUUGUUUUUGAGUAAACCCGAAUUGUGGGAUUCGGGGAAAGACAUUUCGGUUUCUCGCUUGCUUUAGGGAUUUCUUCAAGUUUCAAGUUUCUUUCAGUUCCAAAAUUCCUCUAGGUGUUGGUUCCGAGAUUUCUCCAGGAAUUCUUCCUGGGAUUCCUUAAGGAUUUUUCCAGGAGUUUCUUCUGCGAUUCCUUAUGAGAUUCCAGGGUCUCUUUCAGAGAUUUUUCCAGAGAUUCCUUCCGAAACAUCACCAAGAAUUUCUUUGAAUCUUAGAAAUAAUUCCUGUAGGAAUCUCGGCUAUACAGGAAUUCUUUCUAAGAUUCAUCUAGUAUUUUUUCCUUGAAUUCCUCCAAGAGCGCCGGGAUACCUCUAGGAAUCCCUUCUCGUAAAAAAUUUAAACUCUUGCAGGUGUCCUAGAAGGAGCAAUGUUCGGAAGAUUUUGAAAAUAUCAUGGCAAUAUAUAUUGCAGGAGAAAAUACUUCUAGAAUGUUUCUAUAACAAGAUAUAACUGAUCUAGAUCGAUUUAAUUAUAUCUAGACCAGUUUGGAUGGUUCUAAAAGAUAAUUCAAAUAAAAUCAAUAUAAGUUCCCAGAGACGAGAUGCCUCUACGAAGCAUCCCCAGAGCACAAGAAGAUUUUUCCAAUAAAGAUAGGAUCCUAAACAAGCAAAAUUACGUAAUUAAUGAACAGACCCUUAGGCCACAUAUAAUUUCAUGGCAAUCCUGACGUUCUAGAAAUAACAUUCUUUGAUUUGAAAAUGAAAUUUGAAAUAAAAAUUUGUGAUUCGAUAGUACGUACGUUUCGAUAGUACGUACACUAAACGAAGCGGUGGUGUACGUACUAUCGAGGUAUGCCUGUAGUUUCAUCAUAUAAAUUUAGCCACAAAUUUAGCAAAAAAUUAUUAUUGCUUAACAUCUUAUUCUGCAUCAUGACGUGUAAAAACAUCUACUCUUUGGAAUAAUAUAAAGUUCUCAAUAUAAAUAAGCCAUAGUUGAUGAGCUAUUUCAAAUUUUAUGUUUCUCCGUUUUGACCCAAUCUCACCCCCCAGACCCAUUGUCACCCCCAUCGACGGUAGAAAAGAACUACUGAGAGGUACUUUGAAAAAUUGUGUUAACUUUCAGUAAACUCAACGGGAUCUUUGGGGUGCUUAUCUUGCCCCGCCCUACCCUAUAGGUAUCUAUUUUUGGCCGCAGAGCCGUAUAGGUUAUGGAGUGGUCAUCAUGUUUCGCUAAAACGCAUAUACCUACAUGUCAGUUGAUUUAAGCAUAUAUCAAUAUAUUUUCUACUAAGUAUAGUACUAUACGACUCAGUGUGAUACGCUAGUCAUAAUCGCAUAACAGUCCCUUACGACAAGGAAAGCAGGCGAUUGCACGUUUGCGAUCAUGACAGCUUAUGCGGCCAUAUUACAGUAUUAGUUGGCUUGAUACAUAUUCUGUUUUUGGAGUUGUCCAUUGUAUGAUUUUGCAUCUCGCGCAUGAUUUUAUGAUACAUGACUUUGAUAACAUAACUAAUUAAAAAGUCAGACAAUACAGCGAAACUGGCAAGUCACCUCUUUCAUCAUGCCUUAUAACGUUUUUACUCUCAUAUAAUUUAUUUUAGGAAGGAAUGCAAAUUUAUGAUUG